AUGGAUCGGUUGGUGGAUGAGCAAUUUCGUUGGGAGGAUAGGCUGGCGGGGCUCAACCCUUCGGUUGAGAUCAAUUUCGAUACGAGCGGCAAGCCACCUUCACCUAGCCCCACUACCAAUGCCACUACCGUUGCGCCAGAGUCAGAGCCGACCAUCGCGGAUGCCCAUUCUACUGAGUCCUAA